AUGAGAAUCGGUCGACAAUCUGCCCUAGGAGGGCUUCUGUAUGCUGGCGUCGGGCUUGCGAACCUUUUUCCAUCUUAUGAGCCUCUGACCUAUACUCAAUCUGACGGUUCCUCCCUGCCGGCCGACAAUGGCACCGUUUUUAAGCUGUCUUCAGAUGGAAAGACUCCGUCUAUUCUUGUUCUUGAUUACGGACGAAACGUUGAAGGAUAUGCAACUUUCCAAGUCAUUCGGAGCUCCGGUAACACGUCAGUAUUUGAAAUGAGUUACAGCGAGACUCGUGCCUUAUUAGACAAUUAUAUGGCGGAUGGCCCUCUUCCCUUAGCGGCGGCCAUGGAUACAUACCGAAUCGAUCGAUACAACAUUACGAAUCAAACUACCUACACUAAUCGUCUGAUUCAAGGUGCCUUGCGCUACCAGAAACUGAAUCUGUCGAGUGCUGGGGAGCUUGAGCUCUCGUUCCUAGGCUUUAUCCCUACUGUUGAUAAUCUUCCACUUUCCGACCUCCCCGGAUCGUUCAACUGUUCAGACCCAGUUCUCAAUCGCAUUUGGGGGGUUGGUGCUCGCACUGUACAGUUAAAUGAGUUUCCAGCAAAUUCUCUUCCUGACUUCUGGGUUAUUACCGAUGAAGGCGCCUUGGUCGAUAGCUUGGCUCCUCAGCCUUUCGCAGCCGACUUUGCCACUGCGCUAACGACAUACGAGCUAGAUUUUUCUGUGAAACCGACGUCAAAUGGCUUUGGUUUUACAGUUCUGAGCGACACACUCGGAAAUGGGAUCUAUAUUUUCGUGGAUGUCGCUAAUUCAUCCAUCUCGGCCCACCCGGGCUCUACAGAGCUAGAUACUCUUCCACUUGCAUCUGCUGUUUUGCCUUCAUCCGUUACUCUCGAUAAGUGGCAUACUAUUCACAGUACUGUGAAUAUCACCGAUAUUUCUGUGGAGAUUGAUGGACUGUCAUUGCUUAAAUUUUCUCAAAACUCCUCCUCCUAUGGCUCCUUUGGAUUAGGCGCGUCUCUUGGGCACUCAGCCAUUUUUACAAAUGUGUCUCUGACAGCCUUUGGUACACAAAUGUACUCUUCCUCCCUUACCAAUUCAUCGGAUUUGCAGGACUUUCUCCUCGGCACCAACCCACUGCCGGUCAGUGUUGAUGGUUCCCGCCGUGAUCGGAUUGCCUAUGCUGGGGACUUGGACAUUACCACUGGCACAGCAUUUGCUAGCACCUACGGUCAUGAUUAUAUCAAUGGAUCAAUUUCCCUGCUAGGUUCCUUUCAAUUGCUUCCAGGGUUCUUUGUCCCAAGCGUCAAAGUCCAGCAGCCACCGCGUACAGAGGAUGUCCAAGCAAACAUCACGGGUCUUAUUGGCUACUCGUUCAGUCUUGCCAGUGCAAUAGCACAGUACUACGAACAGACCGGUGAUAUUUCUUUUUUGAAUUACUGGGCACCCAAAGCUGCUCGCUUGUUCGAUUGGGCACACUCUCAGACUCUUCCUAGUGGACUUUUCAAUAUAUCUAACCCAACCUUUGGCGGUGACUGGAACUACUAUGAUCCUUCCCUGAGUGGUGUGGUUGCCAAGUUCAACCUCGUCUAUGCAUAUGCGCUUAAUCGGUGGCUUCCAUUUAUGGCUGAUGGGGGUUUGAACACGACUUUAUACACUUCCCGUCUCCAGUCCUUGCAGAAGGCGAUCAACGCCAAUCUUUGGAGCGACACUCUCCAUGCUUAUUAUCUUUCGGAGUCUCAUACCGAUUUCUUCUCCCAGGAGGCGAAUGCUCUAGCUAUCCUUAGCAACACGGCUUCAGGAAACCAUACCGCAAGUACCAUCCUUACCACAUUGAGUCGAGAAUUAUAUGUCCGAGCGGGAGCUCUCGCCUUCUCUAACGCUAGUUCUGCAAGUGGAUGGGCGCAAAAGAUUAGCCCUUAUGCCUCUGGGUAUCACUUAAAAGCUGCUUUCUAUGCCAACGACUCCACCAAUGCAAAGAACCUUCUUCACAGUGUCUGGGGGCCCAUGAGCGAUCCAUCUCACACAAACUAUACCGGUUGUACGUGGGAGACAUUGGAUGCGGACGGCACUCCUGGGUUGGGUGCAUCAACUUCAUUAUGCCAUGCUUGGGGUGCAGGACCUACUGCUGACUUGAGUCGCUACGUCCUUGGUAUUCAACCACUGGUUCCUGGAUUCAAGCAGUGGCAGAUCGUCCCACAAACUCUUGACCUUCAGUGGGCACGCGGAUCCCAUCCCGUUCCGGAAGGUUCAAUUGAUGUGAGCUGGUCCAUCGACAAUAACAGUUUGCUACAAAUGAUCGUGAUUGCUCCUCCUGGUACGAACGGUACAGUGUACCUCCCUAGCCCAUUACAAACCCCCUUGAAGGGCUACCAGGUUUCUGGUUGUUCGAUUGUAAAUAACAGCACCUUUUUGGUGAAAGGUGGUCAGGUUUUUACUUUCCGCCAAAUAAAGUAG